AUGAAAGUCGCCAUCGUACUCUUCCUUUUUUCCUUAUUCGCUGCAGUUGCUUUUGCACUCGUAGCAGACAAAAAACCUGCCAAUGAAGAAAGUGUAGACAAGCGUUCACCCCAUGACUACUACGACGAUGAUUACUACGAAGAUGAUUAUAAUAAAAAAAAACAUUACAAACGUCACGACUAUUACAAGAAAAAGGACUACUACGAUGAUGAUUAUGAAGAUUACAAAUACAAGAGUACUGAGAUUAUUGCCAAUUUUAGACCUACACAAGUAACUCCAUUAUAUUCAUCACAAUCACAACGUACAUAUAGUACUAUUACUCAUAGACAACGUCAUAAUGGUAACUUUUCAAUUCCACCUUCAGAAAAUAGAAAUCAUAGAUCUUCAACACUAAAACGUAAUAUAAACAUUUCAUUAUAUUUCCAAGAUAUUGAACAGCAAAGAAUUAAAAGGACUUUUUUAUAA